UAAACAACUCGACAUCAUAAAACGAAUAUUUAUUUAUCGGCAAACUGACGACUCCUUGCCGAUACCACAGCGAUGUUGUAACAGAUAUGGAGUAAUGCAGAAAUGGGGAAUCUAAGUCUAAAUGCUUUUCAUGUUACGGUCAUCGCUGUUUUACUUUUACAGACCGUUUUCAGCGAAGAUCAAACCGUAGCUCAUGUGGAUCAGACAAAAUCAUCCGAAACACGUGACAGUAAAACGAGUGAAACUGAAAAGAUUACUGAACAGACUGACACUCAGAAAUCUACAGGUGAAACGUCCGGUAAAAUACCAGUAUCAUCAUGGCAAAUGUACAUGAAAGUUUUUGAACAAAACAGAGCAGUGCAGUUGGAAGCAGUCAAAAACAUGCAAGCGUAUGGUAAAUACGAACAACGUUACCAGCUAGCAGAUAUUGUUAUAAAGCAAUUGAUGAAGAUACUUGCUGAGGCCAAAGUCAAUGUGACCCAGUGGGGAUUUGUACCUGGUGACCCAUACCCAGAAGAGACCCAUGUCCGUGAAGCUGUCUCUAAGGUGAUGGAGAACACGGCCAUGUUUGGUGACCUAGCUUUACGUCUCCCAGAUAUCGUUCACAGCCUGUACGAUAAGAACCGUGAGUGGCAGGAGCUGAUAGCCUGGGGUGUGUGGUUCUGUAACCAGACACAGGUCUUUGAGAUGUCCAGUGCCAGCGCUAUGCUUCUUAACCUGAUGUCUCAAGAGUUGAACCUGAUAGAGAGAGACAGGUUGUACAUCAAUCCAUUUACAGAAGAAAAUUUGAAGCUUCAAGAAGAAGAGAUUGCCAAACGUUUAGAUGCCAAAAAGCAGAUAAAAUUGGAGAAGAAAAAGAAAAAAGAGAAAAAGCGUGGCCCCAGGAUGAGUGGAUCAGCCAGAGUUGAACUCUGAAAUCUUCUUUGCUGUCUUAUGAUGGACUCUUUAUUGCCUACUUAUGCAGAACAGCAAGAGUUGUGUUUGUAAAAAUUCACAUGGGGUGUUUCGCCCUAUGUUACUGGUUAGGUAGCGUGUAAUGUAUAUGUUUGUCUCUGAUUAGUCCGGUAUUGCAUAUAUGAAGCGGACAGUCUUUGAUUUUAAUCAUCUCAGAGAAUCCAAUUUUUGUGUAACGUUACUCUCUUAUGUGCCAGUGGCCAUAAAAAAAAUUUGUACUACACUAAGCGAUUAGCCAGGUUCAACUUAAAGUUAAGUCAUGCUUAAGACUGUAAAAAUAGCUGUCAUAAUUUCUCUCUUUUUAAUAUGCUAUUCUGCAUAUAAAACUUUGGUUUUAAAAUUCUCCCACUUUUUCAAACCUCAGGGAGGUUUGACUUCUUCAAGGAGUUGCUCGCUACCCAUGAAAUCUCCGUAGCUUGCCAACCACAUGAGAUUUAAUUGUUUCAGUCGACGAGUCAAAACAAUUUUUAUUGAAAUCCACGUCCCAGAUAUUCACGCAUUUUUGUCAUCAUAUAAAGUGUACUAUUUUGACUCAUUUUCUAAGUAUUUGCUCUAUAGAUGUAAUUUAUGGUGGCAGGAUCUUAGGAUGCCAAUUUGAGGGCUGUAGGAUGAUAGCAAUACCAAUGAUCAAGUGUAGGACUGUGGAGUGGUUGGAUGAUUAAUUAUGGACAUGACUUGUGACUGAUGGUUAUAGGUUAGCUGUCUUGAUGAUUUAAUAGGACUGUGGAAUGGUAAGAUGAUUAAUUAUGGACAUGACUUGUGACUGAUGGCUAUAGGUUAGCUGUCCUGAUGAUUUAAUAGGACUGUGGGAUGGUAAGAUGAUUAAUUAUGGACAUGACUUGUGACUGAUGGCUAUAGGUUAGCUGUCCUGAUGAUUUAAUAGGACUGUGGGAUUGUUGGAGGAUUAAUUAUGGACAUGACUUGUGACUGAUGGCUAUAGGUUAGCUGUCCUGAUGAUUUAAUAGGACUGUGGAAUGGUAAGAUGAUUAAUUAUGGACAUGACUUGUGACUGAUGGUUAUAGGUUAGCUGUCCUGAUGAUUUAAUAGGACUGUGGGAUGGUAAGAUGAUUAAUUAUGGACAUGACUUGUGACUGAUGGCUAUAGGUUAGCUGUCCUGAUGAUUUAAUAGGACUGUGGAUGGUAAGAUGAUUAAUUAUGGACAUGACUUGUGACUGAUGGCUAUAGGUUAGCUGUGCUGAUGAUUUAAUAGGACUGUGGGAUGGUAAGAUGAUUAAUUAUGGACAUGACUUGUGACUGAUGGCUAUAGGUUAGCUGUCCUGAUGAUUUAAUAGGACUGUGGGAUUGUUGGAGGAUUAAUUAUGGACAUGACUUGUGACUGAUGGCUAUAGGUUAGGCUGUCCUGAUGAUUUAAUAGGACUGUGGAAUGGUAAGAUGAUUAAUUAUGGACAUGACUUGUGACUGAUGGUUAUAGGUUAGCUGUCCUGAUGAUUUAAUAGGACUGUGGGAUGGUAAGAUGAUUAAUUAUGGACAUGACUUGUGACUGAUGGCUAUAGGUUAGCUGUCCUGAUGAUUUAAUAGGACUGUGGAAUGGUAAGAUGAUUAAUUAUGGACAUGACUUGUGACUGAUGGUUAUAGGUUAGCUGUCCUGAUGAUUUAAUAGGACUGUGGGAUGGUAAGAUGAUUAAUUAUGGACAUGACUUGUGACUGAUGGCUAUAGGUUAGCUGUCCUGAUGAUUUAUUAGGACUGUGGGAUGGUAAGAUGAUUAAUU